AUGCAUCCGAUUAUUCUUCUCGGUGUUGCCAUCGCAGCCGCCGAAUGCCAGUUUAGCAGUACUGGCCAAUCGCAGAUUCUCAAUGUGCACAACACGUUGAGAUCGCGUCUCGCCAAAGGCACCUAUGUCGCCAAAGGCACCAGAAAGCCGUCGGGCUCCAAUAUUCUAAAAAUGAAGUGGGACGCGAGUGUGGCGGCGAGCGCGCAGGCCUACGCCAAUCAGUGUCCGACAGGUCAUUCCGGUGUCAAUGGGCUGGGCGAGAACCUCUACUGGUACUGGACGUCGGCGUCUCUUGGAGAUCUAAACCGAUUCGGAGCCAUGGCCUCGCAAGCGUGGGAAAAGGAGUUCCAGGAUUAUGGUUGGAAGACCAACAAAUUUGACAUGGCUCUGUUCAACACCGGCGUCGGACACGCAACCCAGAUGGCGUGGGCCAAGACGGGACUCAUCGGAUGCGGUGUGAAGAACUGCGGAAAGGAUCGCGGAAUGAACAAGGUCGCAGUGGUGUGCCAAUACAAGCCAGCCGGAAACUAUUUGGGGCAGAAUAUCUACGAAAGCGGAGCGACGUGCUCGAAGUGUCCAUCGGGAACCAAAUGCGAAUCAGCAUCGGGACUUUGCGUUUAG